GGGUUCUGGAAGGGGCCAGGCCCCUACGGGAGGGGAUAAAAGCUGCCGGCCCCCGGCCCCGAGCAGAUCGGCCCCCAGCCCCCACUGGAGAGGACUCAGCCCCGAGCCGGCGGCAGCCCCAGCAGCAGCGAUGCUAUGCCACCUGCACCUCCUGCCGCCCGCCCCCGGCCCCGGCCCCGUGGCUGCCCGGCUGGGCCCCCUGCGCACUCUGUGGCCGGCCCCGGGUGCCCUCUUUGCUGAGCUGGAGCGGGAGCUGCUGCGGGAGCUGGAGACAGCCAGGGAGUUUGCAAGCAGCAUGGGGCAGCUCGUGGCUGGCGGAGGGAGCGGCAGCCCCGGCGGGGAGCCAGGCCAGAGCUCCAGCGCGGCCCUGGCCCAGGGGACAGCCGAGCCCUUUGCCGUGCGGCAGGACGUCCGGGGCUUCGCGCCACAGGAGCUGGCGGUGAAGCUGGUGGGCAGGAAGGUGCUGCUGACGGGCAGGAAGGAGACGCAAAGCGAGGACAGCAAAGGCUCCUUCUCCUACAAGUACGAGGUGUUCAAGAGGGAGUGGGAUGUGCCCGAGGCCGUGGACACCGACCGCCUGACCUGCUCCAUCUCCAAGGAGGGGCAGCUGUGCAUUGAAGCCCCGUGCCUGGCCCCCCCAGCCAUCCCCGCGAGGAACGUGCCCAUCCAGCUCAGCCCUGCGGGGGGCUCGGCGGCGCCGGCUGAGCAGGGCUCAGAGGACGGGGCCAACAGCAGAGCCCAGGGGUAACAGCCGAGGAGCAGACUCCAGAGGCCGGGGCUGAGACUUGGCAGGGCCGCGCCCCGGGUGACCCGGCUGGCUGCAAGCCAGAUUCACAGCGUGUAACGUAUUUUUACAUGAAAUAAAUGUUCCUGAUUUUCCCCUGUGCUGGUGCUGCCUCUGCCAGGACUGGCUGGUCCCAGCACUCGCUGCGGGCUCCUCCUCGGGCCAUGGCACAGGCUGGCACCGCGGCUCUGCUGCUACACUAGGGGUCUGCGUGAGCUGGGGCUGGCCCCUUCUGGGGAGGUGGGUUUCCCCCCCGACAUGCCCAGCUGGCCUCCCUCAGGGGGAACGUCGGGGGCUCCUGGGCUCUACCGGAGGCUGGGGGUGCGGCACAGCCAUAAGCAGGGCCUGGUACUGCUGGGUGAUCCCAGGCCGGGAGGGAAUGGGCUCAGGGCCGGACGCUUGCUCCCCCGGGGCAGCACUGUUGUUGGGGAAGCCGGUUCAUUGGCUAGGUGCUAUUGACAAACUGACGGAGGGUCACAGAGCGGACACAUGCACCGAGGCAUGCGGGCACACACGCGCACACACACGCACACUCCAUACGGACCACAUGUAGGCCCUACGCACAUAAGGGACUUCACCCUUUCCAGCCCCUACACCCUGGGAGCUAUCGCCAGGCCCCUCCCGCCAGCCUCGGAUACAAACAACAGGGGCCAACUUCAGGGAGGCCCCAGAAAUUCCCAGAGACUUUGGGGCAGGGAGCGAUGCCAGGCCCUGCUCGUGGCUGCCAGAAGCUGCCGGUUCGGCUCUGUGGCCCGGUAGGUCACUCACAAGGCCAGGCUCGUCCCGCCCCCAGCACCGUUUAUGGGCAGAGGAGGCCGGCUUGGCCCCUACAUGGGCGGAGGAGGAAGGGUCCGGAAGGGCGGGGUGGCUAUAUAAGGCAGCCCUGCGGCUGCUGCCAGGGCCUGGGUCCCCAACCCAAGAGGCAGAGCGAGUCGAAGGCAGCAGGAGUCUGGGCAGCAGAAACAUGACGAGGUGCUCCCGGUACCUGGUGCGGCUGCUCCCGCUCAGACAGUGGCCGUGGCGGGGCUUCGGCCCCAUGUGUGUCUGCAGCAGCGAGCCAGGGAGCAUCUUCCUGGGACCGGCAGAAUUCUGGUACCUGUAACUGUGACGAAGUGGGACUGUUCUUAAUGUUUCCUCUGAAUAGUGUGGGGGUGCCUCAGUUUCCCUAGGCAGUUCUUAAGUAUCUAGGGGGUGGGAUAAGGGGGUAUGAUCAUUGCAGAGCCCUAGA